AUGUGUUCGCAUGUGACAGGCAAGUUUCUUAUUUUGACCUCAUCUGUCUACAACCAGCGCUAUAUCAUGACAAGGAUCAAGAGAUCCUCACCUGUAUUCCCAAUCCUAGAGAUUCCCCCAGAAACUCGCAAUCUCAUAUGGAGAUACACAGUCACAGCGGCUGGAGCCAUCCAGCUUGAGCAGCAUAGCAGUCAGCACACUCGUGGGCAACUUUCCCCUAGCUUUCUUCGGUCUGGGAAACAGAUCCAUGCCGAAGAUGACAGACGACUGGUUCCCUCCCGCCUUGCCGUCGCCUUCACCUGUCGACUACUGGACUUGGAGAUUAGCCCAAUCUACUAUUCGCACAAUUGUUUUGCCAUGCCGCUCACGUCAAUGGUGACCGCUCUAGAGGAAGCGCAAAACUUCGUCACAGCCGUUGGACCGGAGAAUGCUCGCUGCAUCCGAAACGUCUGCCUUGUGCUGCCGGGGAUCAUGCCCUUGCUCCAUCUGCGGCUGACUCUCAUGCUCGGUGCUGGGGCUCUGGAUAAUACGCCUUUGUUAAUGCUCAAGUCCUUUUUAGUUGAAACGCAAGCCAUCUUCCUCGGAGAACCAGCCAUCGUGCUGUCAUGCAGGACCGUUGUCAUGAUGGUUUUGACAUCUGAUAGGAAAGAUAUCCGCCUUUCGGGUCAGUCGCUAUUCUGA